AUGACAAAUGUACCUAUUCUUACACAAGAAUCAGCUACAUUAACCAUGGUACAAGUCAAGGGCAAGGGAAGUGGUCCUAUGCAGUCCCGCCUACUUAGGAUUCCAGAGGAUGGGGCCAGAGGUGGAAUGUACCAUCAUCAUCAACACCAAGGAAAAAGCAUUCAUUCUUCUUCCAGAAUGCCAAUUCCUUCUGAGAGGCACAUGUUCCUUCAAACGGGAAAUGGGUCUGGUGAUUCUGGACUUGUGCUCUCAACUGAUGCCAAGCCAAGAUUAAAAUGGACACCAGAUCUUCAUGCCAGGUUUAUAGAAGCAGUCAAUCAGUUAGGGGGAGCUGACAAAGCAACUCCAAAAACAGUAAUGAAACUCAUGGGGAUUCCAGGGCUUACUUUAUAUCAUCUAAAGAGCCAUCUUCAGAAGUAUAGAUUGAGCAAGAAUCUGCAUGGACAAAGCAACAACGUGACGCACAAAAUCACAACAAGUGCAACAACUGGGGAAAGACUUUCUGAAACCAACGGAACUCACAUGAACAAAUUAAGCCUUGGACCGCAGGCUAACAAAGAUUUGCAUAUAAGCGAGGCACUGCAGAUGCAGAUUGAGGUGCAGAGAAGGCUCAAUGAACAACUUGAGGUACAAAGACACUUGCAGCUUAGGAUAGAGGCCCAAGGAAAAUACCUUCAGUCUGUGUUGGAGAAAGCUCAAGAGACUCUUGGCAGACAAAAUUUGGGAAUAGUAGGACUUGAAACUGCCAAAGUUCAACUAUCAGAGCUGGUGUCCAAAGUAUCAUCUCAGUGCCUUAACUCAGCAUUCUCAGAGAUGAAGGAACUGCAAGGAUUUUGCCCUCAGCAAACACACACCAACCAGCCAAACGAUUGCUCAAUGGAUAGUUGCCUAACAUCAUGUGACAGAUCACAAAAGGAGCAAGAGAUUCAAAAUGGCUGCUUAAGACACUUCAACAGCCAUGUGUUCAUGGAUCGAAAGGAAGCCACAGAAGCUCCCAGCAACCUUAGGAACUCCGAACUCAAGUGGUGUGAUGAUGGGAAAAAGAACACCUUCCUUGCCCCAUUGAACAAGAAUGAAGAAAGAAGAAACUAUGCAGCUGAAAACAGUCCUGGCAACUUAUCCAUGUCCAUUGGACUUGAAAGAGAAACAGAAAAUGGAAGCAGCGUGUAUCCUGAAAGACUAAUCACAGAAAGCCAAUCAGAAGGUGAUUUCCAGCACCGGAACAGAAUCAAGACAGAAACAAUGAAACCAGUGGAUGAAAAGGUUUCUCAAGAUUAUAGGAUGCCAGCUUCUUACUUUGUAGCAGCAAGAUUGGACCUAAACAGCCAUGGAGACAAUGAAGCUGCAACCACUUGUAAACAACUGGACUUGAAUAGAUUCAGUUGGAGCUGA